GGUGUCCAUCAUGGCCCUGCUGCUCGUUGUGACAAUGACGGUGAUGCUAGUGGGUUGCGGGCACCCCUUCGGUGGUGGCACUAUCGUGAAGGCGUACGGUGCCCCAGCGUCCCAAGCAGCUGCUGCCUCCUCGCCGACAGUAGGUGCAGCUUCUUCGUCUACUGUGAGAUUCUCGGGGAGGGAUUGGAACACACGGACGUCCACCGGGGUAGAGGAGCCUGGACCUAAUCGCUGGGAUGGAAGUCUGGCCACCGUGGAUGAGCAAGGAAGACUGCAUCUGAAGAUCUCCAAGAACGUGCAAGGAGGGUGGUCUUGUGCCGACGUUUUCCUGCCGUCUUCUCUGGGGUACGGCACCUACACGGUGAGGGUGUCAUCGGCCACGAAUGAUCUGCAUGAAAACGUGGUGUUUGGGCUUUUCACCUACGCCGACGUCGCCCAAAGCGAGCUCUCCAACCCGCAUCGCGAGUUCGACGUGGAGGUCGCGAGCAACAUCACAAACACUCAGUACGCCGUGCAGCCAUACCAGCUGCCGGGUCAACGCCUGCGCUUCUCCGUCCCCGGACCGGACGCCACUAUCCAUGCGAUGACCUGGUCGCCCAACGAGCGGUCCUGGACCAGCACCUCCGCCUCGUCGGGUGCGCAUCUGCAGUCCCGGUCCUUCGAGAGCACGCCGGAAGUGGGCGCCGUGCCACCACCAGGCACCGAGGUGUUCCACAUCAACCUGUGGCUGUACGAAGCCAGCCUGCCGCAAGACCACGCCGACGUCGAGAUUGUACUCGACUCCUUCUCCUUCGAGCCUCUCAAGGCUCCGUCUCGAAAACUUCUUUCACUCCAGCGGCAUAGCGGGCACCGUCGUCGUCGGUCAGAGUCGUCAUGAUCAAUGGUCGUCCUGACAGGUGGUGUUUAAGUUAUUAUUUGUCAAUCUAUUUAUUUCAAUCGUUUUGAUUACCGUCCAGUCUGUUUAUUUAUGCCAAGGUGUUAAAUAGAUGUGGUUACCUCUUCCUUUCCUGUUCGGAAUGAGGUUUGGGCUCAACGCUUUGGGGACAUGGCGGCGUUGAACUUUCCUUAUUCCGGCCUUUCGGACAGCACUUGACCGGUGCUCAUCACCAUCCACCGUUCUUAUCGCGAUGACGAUCUGGUCGAGUAGUGAUGUAUUGAGUUCGUCUUGGUUUGAAAAUCGCUCCAUGUACUCCAUGACACCCAUGCUGGUCUUUUAUCAGCUAAAGCAAUUUUUAC